AUGUCUUCUAAUAAUCCCACCAACACUGCUCCCGUCAAGCGAGCUUGCGAUAGCUGUCACCGUCGGAAGGUCAAAUGCAUCAACGAAGGUACCAGCCCAUGCAAGAAUUGCGUCUCGGCCGGUCUGGCCUGCACAUACAAUGCCAUCCCACAAAAGAAGGGACCCAAGGGGAGCCGCGCCAAAGUCAUAUCUGAGCUCCGCGAAAACCAGCGCAUCGCCCAUCUCGCAACAGGAUUGCCUGCAGACAUAGGAGGCUUCGAUGGACGGACCCUCUCUUCGACGUUCGCUCGCACGCAGGGAUUGCUGCCUCCAGGCCUCAUCGACAGCUGCAUAGAGUAUUUCUUCGCCAAUGUCUACCCUCUGGAGCCUGUACUACAUCGGCAAAGAGCACAGGAAGCCCUCGUGAAUAUGGAGCGCUCCACAGAAGCAUAUUGCAUGAUCGUUGCCCUAUGCGCUUAUGUCAUGAUACAAGCCAACAUGAAAGUGUCGCCCAGCUUACUGCAACGCCCGGAGAUGGCUCAGAUGUCGAAUAUAGGCCUCGGCCAUGUUCUUCUGGAAGAAUCCGUUCGCGUCCGCAAAAGCUACGACCAUCGCGAAGCUCCCACACAUUUGACCGUUCUCACAUCUUGGUUCUACAGCGGCAGCUACUUUGGAUUGGCGCGAGAGAACACGGCAUGGGCCUAUCUUCGAGAAGCGACAACCCAGGCGCAACUCCUGGGAAUGCACGAAGAGCAAACAUAUAAACAUGACCUUUUGGAUAUCACUCGGAAACGAGCGCUGUAUUGGCUGCUUUUCAUUGCGGAGAGAACUUAUGCUCUACACAAGCACCGUCCGAUCUCGCUCUACCCGACCAUACAUCUGCCUACCCUAGACGAUGUGCCAUCGGACAGGCCUAUUGCCAUUGGACUGGAGCUUAUGAUCAACAUGUUCAAAAUCAUCGACGAUACAUUCAUCAACCUCUGGAACAGAGUGCACACGCACGCGAAUCCCGCCUGGAUUGCCCAAGUACAGACACAGCUCACAGAUGCAGUUCCUGCGUAUCUCGAGUGUACGGAAGCCCAGGCAGUCAUGAUUCGCGUCACCCAACAAUGGCUACGAGCGCAAACUUGGCAACUAAGUGUAUGCCAGGGGCUUGUGGGCAGUGUCUCGGGCGAGAGCCCUCUAACAUUCAAGUAUCCCAUCGAGAUUUCGAGGGACCUGAUCACGAUGACCCACCAAUUCUCGCAACAAGCUAUGGAGGUUCAUGGCGCAGGACUGAUCGAAAAGCUAUUCGACAUCGCUUGCUGCCUGACUGAUGUGGUCGCUUGCACAUCCUACUCUCCAGACUCGUUCGCUCUCGGACCCCGUGAUUACGUCUCCCGAUUCAUCACACUCAUCACCACUCUUCGCGGAGGGCAGACCCGGUAUCUGCCUCUGCUCCUCACUAAGCUCUCUGAGGUCUUGCCAAAUCUUCCACUGCCCCGGUCACUGAACCUUCCCCAAACGGUCCCUACAUCGACGAUCGGCAUUACUGCCACUGGCUCAGGAACAAUCCCUUCCCACGUGGACAAUGAUUACUCGGGAAUGCCGACAGCAACUACGCCAGCCUACCCGUCGAACGAGCUGAUCCGCCGGCUUGCAGCCCAGACUGGUGCACAGCUACCCUUCAUGACUCAGCAGUCUAUGAUCUCUGCCCCGACAAGUCAUGUCGAGGAUUUAUCGCUGUAUGAUUCCUCGCAUAGCACGACCCAAUCCUCUGGAUCGGGCCAUCGGAGCAACUCCGCAACCCCUGGACCGUACGAGCCCCCGAUGUCACAAUCUCGCUCGCAAAUCUUAGGGCAUUCUUCUAUGCAACUGCCGACCUCUCACCCCCAGCAUAACCAUAUGCAAAGCCAUCACACUAGUUUGAACCCCACGGCAUAUGAUCCCAGGUUCACUAUCCAGGACUAUCCCGUGGAUCCAAAUAUGAUGUUCAAGCAGUGA